AUGAGGUCUGGGCCUGUCUCUCACAGGACGCUGCGCUUCAGCCGAAGCGUCGCCGACGACGGCCGCUACGCGGCCAGGGUCAGCUGCCAGUUCGACGAGGCCCUGGACCUGCCGGCUGUGCAGGCCGAGAGCGGCUUAGUCAUGGGUGAAUCUUCGUGGAGCGCUUGCUGCGACCUGAAGAAUUUCUACGACAGCAUAUACUGGGCCAGGCUCGAGGCGCGAUGCCCGAGUCACGGUGUGCUCCACGAUCCAGGAUCACUCAUUGUCGAGCGCGAGUUCGCUUGCUCUUUUGCCCUGGAUGAGACCGCUGUGUUUGCAAGCUCGACGGCCGUAUUGGCUCAAGUUGUCAAUGAGCUCUCGAAUCUUGGGGAUCAGUUCUCUGACUCGGUGGUCAGCUUAAGUGUGAUCCAGGCACGGGUCUCCAGGGCGCUGUGUGUGUUGCCAGGCUUUGCUCCCGUCGUGUUGUGCGAGCGCCCCGUGUGCGGCCAGCUGCGCCCGAAGGUCUGCUCCCUCCGAGCCGAGGGUAACAGCGUGGUGGAGCAGCCGGCUUGUAGGCGGACCGUGGUGGAGCGGCUCGACAGCCUGCUGGACGCCGUCGGGCUCGGCAGCAGUCUGCCCUCCUGGGAGCGCGCGUGGCUUGGGCGCGCCGUGGGGCCGCUGCCGGAGGACGGCGUCGACAGCCUCCACGCGCCCUGGGCCGUGGCCCCUGCCAAGCAGGGUGUGCGGACGGCUGGCCGCUGCCACUACACAUCUCCAUCGGCACGGAGUGGGCCGAAUUCGAUCCCGACUGAGGCUGCCGCGCGCCCUCUGAGCUGGGCCUCGCGCAGGUUCGGCGGCGCGCACAGGGGGUGGCGCGGGGUGGCCUUCUACCCACUUCGACGGCGCUGCGCGUCUCGUAGCUGGCUUCCAGCACAGUGCGGAGGUUCGACGUGGAUAAUUGUUAAUUGCUGUUGCGUGUGUCGAUGGGCGCAGGAUGUCCAUAUCUUCAGCGAGGCUCCUCGGCGAGUGCGUGUAAUGCCCGCCCCUGGAGUGCCCUGGCCCACCAGCCGUGCUCUCAUAUUUGCGCAUGGCGGAUGA